GUUCUGUGCAAGGCCCGGUGGCUGACGGGGCAGGAAAAAAUUGAUGGUGCUCUUUUGAUUGUUCUCCCCCUCUUUUUUUCUUCUCUUUUGCACAUAGAGUCUCAUGUCUAAUUCGUUAGGCAUGAUGAGCUGUGUGCAGAGAGUCAUUUUGCUUUUCUUUGCUGUGUUGCAUUCCUUAGUUGUUUUGGCACAAGAACAAGAGGCUGUCUUAGGAGAAUGCACCCACCUCGGCCAGGUGUAUGCUGACAGAGAUGUGUGGAAACCAGAACCGUGCCAAAUCUGUGUGUGCGACCAAGGAGCUGUUCUUUGUGAUGACAUCAUCUGCGACGACCAGGAGUUAGACUGCCCCAAUCCAGAGAUUCCAUUUGGAGAAUGCUGCCCAGUCUGUCCGCAGCCAACACCGCCACCUAUUACCAGACCUCCUAAUGGGCAUGCCAUCAAAGGAGCCAAAGGAGAUCCUGGCCCACCUGGAAGAAAUGGUUCACCUGGUUCACCUGGCCAGCCAGGAAUUCCUGGGAAUCCUGGUCCCCCUGGAAUCUGCCAAAAUUGCCCUAGUUUUGGUGAUGGGAACUUUGCUUCUCAGUAUGAAACUGACAUCAAGGCUGGACCAUACCCAGGCCCUAUUACUGGUGGAUUCCCUGGCUUACCUGGGCCUCCUGGGCCUGUUGGUCCCGUCGGUCCUCCCGGUCCAGCUGGUGCCCAUGGAUACCAAGGUCCUCCCGGUGAACCUGGACAAGCUGGCCAACCAGGCCCUCCUGGUCCCCCUGGAAUGAUUGGUCCUGCUGGCUCACCUGGAAAAGAUGGAGAAUCUGGCAGACCUGGCAGACCUGGUGAACGUGGAUUGCCCGGCGCUGCUGGCCACAAAGGUCCUCCCGGAAUGCCUGGAAUGCCUGGAAUGAAAGGUCACCGAGGCUUUGAUGGAAGAGAUGGUGCCAAGGGUGAUACAGGUGCACCUGGUCUAAAGGGUGAAAAUGGCCUUCCUGGAGAAAAUGGAUCCCCUGGACCAAUGGGUCCAAGAGGCCAACCUGGUGAGAGAGGACGACCUGGACUUCCAGGAAGUGCUGGUUCUCGUGGCAACGAUGGUUCUCCUGGAGCAGCUGGCCAUCCUGGUCCACCAGGCCCUCCCGGACCCUCAGGAAUCCCAGGUGCCCCAGGUUUUAAGGGAGAAACUGGUCCUCCUGGUCUCACGGGUCCUGGAGGGGCUCCUGGAGCAAGAGGAGAACCUGGUCCUCAAGGUCAGCCUGGUCCUGCUGGUCCUCCUGGUCCCGGAGGACGUGAUGGAAGUCCAGGUGGAAAAGGUCAACCGGGUGCUGCUGGUAUCUCCGGUCCUCCUGGAUUAAGCGGAGCCCGUGGCCCCCCCGGUCCUCCCGGUGCUAAUGGAAACCCUGGACAAAGAGGCCCGCCUGGUGAACAUGGUAAGAACGGCGCAAAAGGAGAACCUGGAGCAAGAGGAGAACGGGGUGAAAAUGGCACUCCAGGUGCUGCUGGUCCUCCAGGAGAAGAAGGCAAACCAGGAGCAGCCGGUCAACCUGGCACAAAUGGAAUACCCGGAAAUCCAGGAGAGCGGGGUAGCCCAGGAUUCCGUGGACCUGCUGGCAGCAAUGGGCCUCCAGGCGAAAAGGGUGUACCAGGGGAACGAGGUUCUCCAGGCAGCCCCGGACCAAGGGGUGCCCCUGGGGAGCAAGGACGUGAUGGCGGCCCUGGUCUUCCAGGAAUGAGAGGAUUAACAGGAAGUCCCGGAAGUCCCGGAGCUGAUGGAAAACCUGGUCCUUCUGGACCUCCUGGAGAAUCAGGGCGAAGUGGUCCCCCAGGUCCAGCUGGUCCACGAGGUCAACCAGGUGUCAUGGGCUUCCCAGGUCCAAAGGGUGGCGAGGGUGCACCAGGCAAAAAUGGAGAAAGAGGUUCACCUGGACCCCCUGGCCAACUGGGAGGACCUGGAAAAGACGGUGAGCCUGGCGCACAAGGCCCCCCAGGACCCAGUGGUCCUUCUGGAGAAAGAGGAGAGCCAGGCGCAACAGGACCACCUGGAUUCCAGGGACUUCCUGGUCCUUCUGGAUCACCUGGAGAGAACGGAAAGCCUGGAGAACCAGGUCUAAGAGGUGAAAAUGGAGCUCCAGGACUCCCAGGAACUAAGGGUGAAAACGGUGUCCCAGGUGAACGAGGUGCACAAGGUCCUCCAGGUGCGCAAGGACCUAGAGGAGGAGUCGGCCCUGCUGGUCCAGAAGGUGGAAAGGGCCCUGCUGGUCCUCCAGGACCUCCUGGGGGCAUGGGACCACCAGGUUUGCAAGGAAUGCCUGGAGAGAGAGGAGGACCUGGAGGCCCUGGAAUCAAGGGAGACAAGGGAGAACCGGGUGGCAGAGGUGCAGAUGGCUUACCUGGCAAAGAUGGACUACGAGGUCCUGUAGGAUCCAUUGGACCCCCUGGUCCAGCUGGCCAACCUGGUGAUAAGGGAGAACCUGGUCCAGCUGGACCUCAUGGCCCAACAGGUCCCCGUGGUGGUCCCGGUGAAAGAGGUGAGCAAGGCGCUCCGGGUCCUGCUGGCUUUCCUGGAGCUCCUGGCCAAAAUGGAGAACCUGGUGCAAAAGGAGAGAGAGGCCCUUCAGGUGAGCGAGGAGAAGCUGGACCCCCAGGGGCUGCAGGUCCAUCCGGAGGCCCUGGUGCACCAGGUCCAGCUGGUCCACAAGGAGGGAAGGGAGAACGUGGUGCUGCCGGACCUCCAGGCCAGGCCGGCUUUCCCGGUGGUCGUGGCUUACCUGGGCCUCCCGGCAACAGUGGUAGCCCUGGGCUACCUGGUAAUGCAGGGCCCCCGGGCAAGGAUGGCCCACCAGGUCCAGCUGGUUCCACUGGGCCCGCCGGUAGCCCAGGUUCUGCAGGUCCAAAAGGUGAGCCUGGCCAGCCAGGUGAAAAAGGUCCAGCAGGUCCACGGGGAGAAGCGGGUAUGCCAGGUCCAUCAGGAAUUUUGGGGCCGUCUGGACCACGUGGUCCUGUGGGAUUGCCAGGCAUGAGAGGUGGAUCAGGCUCCCCUGGUCCAGCUGGUCCAAAGGGUGAAGAUGGCAAACCAGGUUCCAAUGGUAGCCCAGGAGAACGAGGCUCCCCAGGUCCACAGGGUCCUCCAGGAAUUAAUGGAGCGGCUGGAGAACCAGGCAGAGAUGGUAACCCUGGAUCUGAUGGUUUGCCAGGUCGUGAUGGAUCUCCAGGGCCAAAGGGUGAUCGUGGUGAAGGUGGUUCUCCAGGUUUGCCAGGGGCUCCAGGUCAUGUUGGUCCCCCAGGUGGUCCCGGUCCUGCUGGAAAAGCAGGUGAUAGAGGACAUCCUGGCCCUGCUGGUCCAGCCGGCCCUGCUGGACCUGCUGGAAUUCGUGGAGGUCCCGGUCCUGCUGGUCCUCGUGGUGAUAAAGGUGAAACUGGCGAACGUGGUGCCAAUGGCAUGAAGGGUCAUCGAGGAUUUCCUGGCAGCCCAGGGCCUGCUGGUCCAACGGGUUCAGCGGGUCCCCCAGGUCCCACUGGAAGCCCAGGACCUUCAGGUGCUAGAGGCCCCCCUGGACCUAGUGGUCCACCUGGAAAAGAUGGCACAUCUGGCUACGCUGGCCCCAUUGGUCCUCCAGGUCCUCGUGGGAGCAGAGGUGAAUCUGGACCUGCGGGCCCACCCGGCCAUUCUGGCGCUCCAGGACCUCCUGGCCCACCUGGACUUCCUGGUCCAUGUUGUGAUGGUGGUACUGGUAUUUCUGGUCUGGAAAAAGGCCCAACCUACUACCGAGAUCAGCCAUCAGAAGACAAAAUUGCAUUAAGUGAUGUUCUAACUUCACUGAAAUCCAUCAAUAACCAGAUUGAAAACAUUAUCAGCCCUGAUGGUUCACGGAAGAAUCCCGCCCGCAAUUGCAGAGAUCUGAAGUUUUGCCAUCCUGAACUUAAGAGUGGAGAGUAUUGGAUCGAUCCUAACCAAGGUUGCAAGUUGGAUGCUAUUAAAGUGUUCUGCAACAUGGACACUGGGGAGACAUGCAUCCGUGCCAAUCCCAACACUAUUCCCCGGAAGAACUGGUGGAUCAGCCCAGGACCUGAAAAGAAACACGUGUGGUUUGCAGAGUCUAUGAGCGGAGGUUUCCAGUUCAGUUACAGCGAUCCAGACCUUCCGGAAGAAGUUGCAGAUGUCCAGUUGGCCUUCCUUCGAAUUCUCUCUAGUCGAGCCUCUCAGAACAUCACCUAUCACUGCAAAAACAGCAUUGCCUACAUGGAUGAGGCCAGCGGGAAUGUGAAGAGAGCACUUAAGCUGAUGAGUUCGACUGACAGUGAAAUCAAGGCAGAAGGAAGCAACAAAAUCACAUACACUGUUCUGGAAGAUGGUUGUACUAAACACACUAACGAAUGGGGCAGAACAGUCUUCGAGUACAGAACACGCAAGCCAAUGAGGUUGCCUGUGAUAGAUAUUGCACCAUUUGAUAUCGGCGCGCCCAAUCAGGAAUUCGGUGUGGACCUUGGCCCAGUUUGCUUCUUGUAAGCCAAGAAUAACGCUCAUUCUGAAGCCCAGCAAAUGAAUUCACACCCCAUCUUUGCUCUUGUUUUAACCUUGUCAACAAUUCGAGCCCAAUCAACUGUGUCCCAGUUAUUUAUUUGCAAAAAUUCUGGAGAGAGAGGAAGGAAAAAAGAGAUAAAUUGACAUAAACGGUUACCAUUUUCCUAUUUCACUCGUACACAAAUACAACAAAACACCUUUUGCUCUAUUUUCUUUCACCAAAAUCCCAAGUUCCAUCAAUAUCUCCAUGGUGCUACCUUACAACCUCAACACUAAGUACAACGAAACUGUUCAAUUUUAGUCGAAUACUUGCCCACCGAUCAAGCACUGACGAAUUCAAGCAUCCAAGUUUACCUUCCACAAUAAGAUGCAGUUCAUAAAGCUAGAAAGCGUUCCCUGUUUCAACUACCUCAGCAUGGACAGAAACUGGGAUGAGUUUGAGGAUUCACACCGAGAAAGCCAAAUUGAAAUACGUUGGAACCGGUGAAUACAUCUGGUCAGAUAUUUGCUGUUGUUUUGUUUCGUUUCUGUACUGUGAUUUGUGGUGAACAGAAAACAGUCCAUCAGAAGCAGCAAAUACCCUGGUGCCAACAGGACUAAAAUCCAUUUAUGGCUGGACUGCAUUGCAUUUUUAAGGGUGCUCCUAUACUUUCCUGUCAUUGCUGGUCAAGACCACUAAAAUUAGGGAAGUGUAAAAAGAUUAAUGUGAUGGUGCUAGUUGUGUAUGUUUCACUUCUAAAACUGCAAGCCAGAUUUAUUGACUUGCGUUCAAACAUCAAGGCUUGACAACAAUUGUAAAUGUCUCUCAUCGAAAGUCGUACCGUUGGUAGGCUGUUUCUGAGGGCGUUUCUUCCUUCACUCUGUAAAAGUCAAUCAAGAUGCUGAAUCAUGAGUUUCUUUUGUCACAUUAACACAUUUAUAGUGUUGGAGGUUAACCAUCUUUGUAAGCUUUUAUAUGGUUGUUGGUCUUUUCCUUACAGAGACACAUAAUAAAAUAUUGUAAUAAAA